CUGCAAACCAGACCGCAGCAACGCAAGCAGUCUGUCUGUCUGUCUGUUGUGUCGGUCGGCUAUUCUAUUUUUUUUUCUCCCGCUUUUGUCUCUUGAUUUUCGUUUGGAUUUUGAUUUUUCUUCUUCUGCUCUUGUGGUCUUCCUUUUUUCUUUUUCUCCCUUCUCUCUCUUUUUUCUCCUCGCUCCAUCUGCAGUCCAAAGUAGAGGCUUCCCGGUGGCAGACCCCUCGACCCCAUUGUUUUUUUGUCGAGUCUCGAGUCCUUUUUCGACUCCUUCUCCACCACCAUCAAUAACCUCUCGACGCCAUUCUCGACAGCCCGCGUGCACGACUGUCAACAUUCGCUCGCUUUAUUAUUUGAAUUGGUGACAUAGGACCGUUGUUGAGGCUGUACUUCCCUGCCUGCGCUACCAAGCCCACCCACCAUCAAGGGCCGUACUCCGUACUAGUCUGAGUCGCCCCCGUCAGAUCGAUCACCUGCGUGCGGACCCAGUUUGGUUUCCCAACCGUUAAAUCUCUGGUCUUGUGUGCACGCCGGCUACGUGCGGCACUGGUGGUUCUAAAAUCCCAAUCGAACUCUCCGAGACGGCUCGCACACAUACACCCUACACCCACUUAGAUCUGCAUACCGAUCGCAUAUACUUAGCUGCUCCGCCGCGCCAGCCCGGCUUCCCUGUCAACACCAGUUGCCUCGUCUCUGGAGCCUUACCUGGAGUCCUUUGCUGGAUCACCUCGUUGGCCCCCCAUUUGAUACUGCAGGACCCUCUUCGGCAACCAAUUUCGCCUCCUCGAUUCCGGCACAAGACGCCACCGAGAAGAACUCUUGUCGUGGUCCCCCCGCGACCCCACACCAACAAGAAAAGAUCACGGCCUCGCGUUGCGGAGGCGCGUCCUUGUCGCCACCCGGUACCAGGGAGAGAUGAUCCCGAGGAUUUAGAACCUGCGUCAUAACAAACCCCCUGGCUUCCAGCCCAGCGUGCUUUCUUUGGAUUCCCACAAAGCUAUGGACGACCUCACGUUAAUUCAGUCCAACCGCAAUCCGCUGACCGAAGCCGUAUACUCCUGGUCCCAGCUUCUGUCGCCAGUGAUCCUCCUCAUUACCUUUAUAUUGGCUACAGCCCUCCACGGGGUUUUUACCAGCCAGAAAGAGGAGAAUGCCCUGCAAACGGAGGCCAAGGGCCCUGGUGGCCGCCCCCUACCCGUGACGAAGAUGCGCCGGAAUCCUGCUAUUACAGACAUGACAGAAGGCUCCUUCGGCCGCGCCUCCCGACGGACUUUUCGGGGUGCAACUACUUUGAUAGUCCUCUCGUUUGCCGCAAAUGCAGCAAACUUGGCAGCCCAGGUCAUGGCCAACGCUGACCGUUUGUUACCAAAAACAUCCUACAUUGCGGAUAAACCGCCGCAACAAUGGUGGUGCCGGGAGGAAUCUUUUGUAUAUGUCGUCGGAACCGGUUCACUUUACGGCUAUGUACUGCUGACCAUGUUCGAUUGGAAAGAUAGCCCUAACUUUGUUCACUUCUUGGUUUGGUCCGUCAGCCUGGUAACUGAUAGCGUUGUGCUCGGCGCGCUAUUUGCACGAGUUUCGGAAUCCUACACGGUUACGUCGAACGAGACCUUGACUGGGCCAGCUGGAAACGAUAUCGCCGACCUCGCCAUUGGCGCUUUUCGCGUCGCUAAUUUGAUUGGCGUCCUGGCUCUAUAUCUGAGUUUGGCUGGACGUCGAACUUUCACCGUGGCAGAAAAGCGGGAGCAGGAGGCAGAGACACAACCUCAAAGCCAGUCGCAGGUGCAGAACCGUCGAAGGAGCGGAUCGCGGAGGAAUCGAGAGAACGGUAAUGACGAGACAACUCCGCUUCUCGGCCAGCGUCAAACAUCACAAAACGGAUACGUUGCCAUGAACGGCAAUGGCCGCGACCGUGAAAACAGGCGCAGCAGUCAGAACGGCACGGCUAACGCCGCUCAGGUUUCUGUCAAUGGACAGUCUGUUGGACCGAAUCGCGAGGCUGAGGCAGCCUUCUAUCGUCCCAACAAGCUACCACACAAGACGUGGUGGGAAUAUGCGAGAGGAUACUCGCUCUUCUUUCCUUACCUGUGGCCACGAGACUCGAGAAACCUCCAAUUGGUCGUAUUGCUCUGCUUCAUCAUCCUCAUCUUCCAGCGCGUGGUCAACGUCAUUGUGCCUGUCCAGACAGGUCGCCUGGUGGACAGGUUGCAAGAAUCGCUAGAUGCCGUGGACGGCCGCACCAUGCCCUGGCGGGAUCUUGCCCUAUUGAUCGGGACCAAAAUUUUACAGGGGCAGUCGGGACUGUUGGGAUCUAUCCGGGCCAUUCUCUGGAUCCCAGUGUCCCAAUAUUGCUACCGUGCGCUGACCUCAGCAGCCUUUGAACACGUCCACUCGCUCUCUCUGGAUUUCCACCUCUCCAAGAGAACUGGCGAGGUCUUGUCAGCGCUAAACAAGGGCGCAUCUAUCAAUCAAUUUCUAGAACAGGUUACCUUUCAGGUAUUUCCUACCCUCGUCGACCUGUUUAUUGCCAUUGGUUGCUUCGGCUGGUUCUUUAACAGUGUCUACGCUGUAUGCGUCUCCGUCAUGACGUUUGCGUAUCUAUUCCUUACUGUGCGCAUGGCGGCUACUCGGGCGGAUCAGCGACGAGAAAUGGUCAACGCAGACAGGGAAGAGGAGGCAGUCAAGAACGAUUCCAUCGUCAGCUAUGAAACAGUCAAAUACUUCAACGCCGAGGACUUUGAGUUUAAUCGGUAUCGCCGCGCCAUCCGCAACUACCAGUCGGCCGAGGCCAACGUCACAUGGGGUAUCAACAACAUGAAUAUCUGCCAAAACCUGGUUUUCAUGGUGGGGAUGCUGCUUCUAUUGAUUAUAGGGGCUUACGAUGUCGUAAUCGGUGCCAGGAAGAUUGGAGACUUUGCCAUGUUGAUCACGUACUUGGGGCAACUUCAAGGACCGCUGAACUUCUUUGGCACGUUCUACCGGACCGUGCAGCAGGCCAUGAUAUCCGGCGAGCGACUUCUUGAGUUGUUCAAGAUCUCGCCUACGGUGGUUGACCGGCCGGGUGUUCGCACUCUUCCUCCCAGCGUAGGGCACAUCCGCUGGAACAAUGUCAAGUUCUGGUAUGAUGGAAAGCGGCCAGCUCUGAAGGAUAUUUCCUUUGAAUGCAAGCCUGGCACGACCACUGCUUUUGUUGGUGAAUCUGGUGGCGGCAAGUCCACAAUAUUCCGCCUGAUGUUCCGGUAUUACAACUGCCACGAGGGCAGCAUAGAAGUCGACGGCAACGACGUGAAAGAUCUCACCAUCGACUCGGUUAGGCGAGCAAUCGGUGUCGUGCCGCAAGAUACAAUUCUCUUCAACGAGUCUAUCAUGUACAACCUGAGAUACGCCAAUCAGGAUGCCACCGACGAACAAGUAUACGAGGCUUGCAAGUCUGCAAGCAUACACGACCGUAUAAUGAGUUUCCCCGAAGGCUACAACACCAAGGUUGGCGAGCGCGGUCUUCGGCUGAGUGGUGGUGAGAAACAGCGUGUUGCGAUCGCUAGGUUGAUUCUCAAACAACCACGAAUCAUCAUGCUAGACGAGGCCACUUCGGCCCUAGACAGCGAGACGGAGCAACAAAUUCAGUCCCAAUUGAUCAACGGCAACCAUCUGGGCCAAGACCGAACGUUGCUCAUCAUCGCGCAUCGGCUGUCUACCAUCACUCACGCCGACCAGAUAAUUGUUCUCCGGGCGGGCAUGAUUGCCGAGAAAGGUACCCACUCGGAACUGCUCAAGUUGAAUGGCAAGUACGCUUCAAUGUGGGAGAAACAGAGCAAGGCGGAGAGGGCCGCUUUGGAGGCCCGCGACGCUGCUCGACGAGCGGAAAAGCUAGCCCGCCAGGCCAAGUUCGCCAAGGCCAGUGGCAAGCAGCAAGAUCACACAGACGACAGCGACGGCUGCUACGGCAACACCAGCGCCGGCUCAUCGACCGUCCUUCAGGCAACGAAUGCAUUGUCUGAAGACUCGUCCACGUCGGAUGAUGAUACACAUAAAAAGCCUCCUAAUGAUAAUAAGACAACCAAUCCAUCACCCCCACCAGAUUUAUAGUGGAGGCUUAUAUAAAGUUUUUGUACAUUGCGCUUCAGCUUCAUGGGUUUUGCCUCUCCUUCUCCAUCCUUUUCUUCCAAAAAAACUAGGUACCUAUCUACUGAUCCACCCAUCCGUAAUGUCCAAGUAGCACACCCAGGGAAAGUCCCUAAACAGCUUGCACACUUCUCGAGGGCAUUGCAGAAGCAUCUGCAACGAUUUCUCACAUUCUCGACUCACGAGCGACGAUUUUUUUUCAUCCAGAUCUUUUUCUCUUGUUUUUCUUUUUUUUUUUUUUUUCUCUUUUUCCCCCUUGAAGUUUUUCAUUGUCUACUGUCAUAGUUGUUUUUCAUAGCAUGGGCGGCGCUCUUGUCUGGUUUAUAUAAAAUUCAAUGUGGGGAUUUCAGUCCCAGGAAAAGGUCGAGAUUUCGCCUAGACGCCAGCAAAGGCCGGUUGUUCUAACCUUGUAGAUGACUGGGAUUCCAUUAGAGAUCCUCCUUAAACUUGUUUACCGCUUCUUCUCUUUUUCUAGCUUCACACAGUCGAGGGACGGUACAAUCUCGUCUAGAUUUUCAGAACCUUGAUCAAUAUGAUUUUGUUGAAGGAUUGAACUACAU